UUUCCCAAAUUUGAGACUUUUCUCUAUAUAAAGAACUUAUUUACAUAAGUGGGUGAAUUAGGAAAUUAACAAAAUAUGAGUUUGUGUUUCGAUCUUAACGAUCUCGAGGAUUUAACAGUAUAUGCAAAGCAAAUACAAGACAAUGUACUGGAGGAUAUACUCACACUUAAUGCCAACACAGAAUAUCUCCAACGCUUCCUCCAUGGAAGCUCUGACAGAGAGUUGUUCAAGAAGAACGUACCGGUGGUGAGCUAUGAUGAUAUUAAGCCUUAUAUCGACCGUGCCGUGAAUGGAGAGCCUUCACAUAUCAUUUCAGGAAAGCCUAUUACUCGAUUUCUUUUGAGCUCUGGAACUUCUGGAGGGAAGCAAAAGAUUUUCCCUGUUAACAGCAAGUACUUUGAGGACAUGGCAUUCAUCUUUGCUCAAUCCGCGUCCAUUAUAUCAAAGCAUGUAAAGGGUGUCCAACAAGGAAAAUCAAUGACGUUUAAUUUCGCUAGAGCGCAAUUUUCAACUCCUUCUGGCUUGCCAAUUUCUCCCGCAAUGUCGAGCUAUUUAAUGAGUGAAUAUUUCAAGAACCGGUCAUCAAAUUGCUAUACAAGCCCUGAUGAAGUAACGUUGUGCCCAGAUAGUAAGCAGGCUAUGUACUGCCAUCUUCUUUGUGGUCUUGUUCAGAGAGACGAAGUUGUGAGUGUGGGUGCUGUCUUUGCUUCUACGUUGGUUGGAGCAAUCACUUUUCUUGAAAAUAACUGGAAAGAAAUGUGUACUAAUAUCCGAUCCGGCCAUGUUAGUGAGUGGAUCACUGAUUUUACUUGCAGAGAUGUUGUUACUAACAUCGUUGGAGGGCCUAAUUCUGAAUUAGCAGAUGUUAUUGAAGAAGAGUGUCGCAAAGAAUCUUGGAAAGGUAUAAUCACACGUCUUUGGCCCAAAACAAAGUUCAUUCAAAGCGUUGUUACAGGACAAAUGGCUCAAUACAUUCCAAUAUUAGAGUUCUACUCCAACAAAGUGCCUAUGAUCUCUCCGUUAUAUGCAUCUUCUGAAACAAUGUUUGGAGUAAAUAUGAAUCCCUUAUGCAAGCCACAAGAUGUAUCCUACAUUUUUAUGCCUAACAUAUCCUACUUUGAGUUCCUACUUGCUGAUGAAGGAAACAAAGGUGAAAUUGUUGAUCUUGUGGAUGUCAAGAUUGGGUGCUGCUAUGAGCCCUUGAUCACAAACUAUUUCGGUUUACACAGAUAUAAAAUGGGGGAUAUCCUACAAGUGUCUGGAUUCUACAACAACGCACCACAAUUUAAAUUCGUAUGUAGGAAAAAUUCGACUUUAAACGUCGGUGUGGAAGUGACAACUGAAGAAGAUAUUUUAAAGGCGUUGAAUCAUGCGACAGAGCUUCUUAAAUCUUCAGAUUUAAUAUUGAUGGGAUUCACAUGUUAUGCUGAUAUCUCCAAGCUUCCAGGUCACUAUGUUUUUUAUUGGGAACUGAAAUCCAAAACAGUUAAUGACAUUGUUAAACUUGAUAACAAGGUAAUGGUCGAAUGUUGUUGUGUAUUGGAGGAAUCAUUUAAUGCUUUUUAUCGAAAGCUUAGAGAAAGAGAAGGAUCUAUUGGAGCUCUAGAGAUAAGAGUGGUGCAACAAGGAACAUUCAAUUCUCUCAUGGAGUUUUUCAUCUCUAAAGGUGCUUCCACAUCACAAUACAAGUCACCUAUUUGCAUCAAGUCUUCUGAAGCUUUAGCACUUCUUGAAGACAAAGUUCUUGCUCGAUUUUUUAGUGACAAGUCGCCACCACUCUGAUCGGAUAUGGUAACU